AUGGACCCAAUCAAAUACAUUUUUGAAAAAUCAGCCCUUACUGGAAGGAUUGCUCGUUGGCAGGUCCUAUUGUUAGAAUAUGAUAUUGUGUAUAUUACUCAAAAAGCAAUCAAAGGCAGUGCUCUUGCAGAUUUUCUAGCUCAUCAACCGGUGAAUGAUUAUCAGUCAAUACAAUAUGAAUUUCCUGAUGAAAAUAUAAUGGCCUUGUUUAAUGAGAAAGAAUCUUCAGCAAAAGAUGAAUGGGUCAGGAUGUUUGAUGGUGCUUCUAAUGCACUCGGACACAGGAUUGGUGCUAUACUGAAUUCUCCAAAGAAGCAAUAUAUCCCGAUCGCAACUAUAUUAUCAUUCGAUUGUACGAAUAAUAUAGCUGAAUAUGAAGCAUGUGCUAUGGGAAUUCAAGCAGCUAUAGAGUCUAAGAUCAAAAUUCUCGAAGUGUAUGGUGACUCAGCUUUGGUCAUGCACCAGCUGAAAGGUGAAUGGGAGACUCGCGAUGUCAAAUUGAUCCCUUAUCAAGCCUAUAUCAGAGAGUUGGUGGAGUAUUUCGAUGAAAUUACUUUCUAG